GUCAAGUGGUUCAAGGCUUGAGGCAUCCGGAAUUUGAGACCAAAGCAGUCUUGUUUCUCUGCAGCAGCCGACGCUGCUGAUGCCCGAGCCCCACCAAAUCCACCAACCCCCCCCCCCCCCCCCCCCCCCCCCCCCCCCAAACCCCGUUGCCUCCACGGCUGCAAAUGCCCGGCGCAAUCCGGCCCCGCUGCCGCUGCCGCUGCCGGAGAUCCCGGUGCCGCCGGUGCAGCCGAAGAUGAUCAUAAAGGGGAUGCUGGGCCGGUAUGAGCGGUGGAACCCCGUGCACCCGACGGCGGGCGCCUUCUGGGGCGUCGGGCUGGGGUUCGGCUGCGGCGUCGGGUGGGGCCCAGGGUUUGGGCCGGAGGUCAUCGGCUACGUCGGCGCCGGAUGCGGCGUUGGCUUCAGCGUCGGCAUCACGCUCGCCGGUGUCGGCGUCGGGCUGCCACAGCACGGCAUCAUCAAGAACCACUACCACGGCGGCGGUUUUGCAAGCAAUGUCCCAUUCGAAUUGACCAUGCUAAAAGGUAUGGUAUGGGAUGCCAUCAGUUAUGCGAGCAACGUCACAGCUACGAGGAAAGAAUCUCGACAGAAGCUUUUAAGAUGUCAGGAGAACCCUCAAGUUUCAGGAGGAGUUGAUCUGCCCAAGCUGGGGAAAGGAAUGUCCAGCAGCUUCCGAUCAACGAUGGAGUGUAUCAAGGCCUUCACAAAUCAGAAUUGGCCUCCAUAGCAGCACCCAAGUAAACUGAAGAUUGAUAAACCGAGCUUUGUGUGCAAACCACCCACCCGGGAUCAAAGCCUGGGUAGUGGUACCCCUUUCACUGGGUGACAAUGGGGUAGUCGGAUGCAGGUGGCUCGUAUGGCGUCCACCACAGGGUUGACGUCCCUUCUAAAGGAAAAUUAAGGACUUGUACUUUAUGAAUAAGAACCCCCAUGGCACACAUAGAUACAUUAUACUCCCUCCAUUUCAUAAUGUAGUGUGUUCAUGCUUUUCGAGAUUUAACUUUGACCAUAAAUUUAACCAA